UCCAGCUGUUGAUGCCUGGAGGGACCUGGCUGCAGGGAGGAGGAGGGAACUCUCUGUCCCUCCCUCCUUCUCCAUCUCCCCACCCUUCCUCCCUCCCCCUCCCGCUGCCGGCUCUCUGUCUCCCUCCCUCUUUCUCCUCCGAGGCUGUGGAGUCGCCUCGCGGCAGCGAACAGCGAGCACCCUGAUCCCAGUCCCGGCUUGGAAUUGAACUGUGCGAGUGCGGGUCCUGGAACCCCGGCCCGGGAGCGGCGAGCCCGGAUCUGAGCCUGGGGCGCAGCGGUCAGCCUCCCAGGCCCUGAUUCGAGACCGAGGCGCGGAGCGCGGAGCCCGAGAGCCGGGGCCGGCCCGCGCAGCGUCCGGCGACUCCGGGAGCGGGACCGCGGAAGGCAGGGAGACGGCCGCGAGCCGAGGGCAGAGGGCAGAGUGCAGAGAGCGGCCUGGCCGGGCGGAGGGCGCCGCCUGGCCGGAACCGAGCUCUCCGCCCGGGCCGGCGGCCGGCGGCGGGGUGCGGACCCGGGGUGGCCACGAGUCCCGAGCGACUUCCCGGCCGACGGCGGGUGGGGGGGGGCGUGCCUCCUCCCAGCCUAGCAGCCUCAGCCCCGCGCGCGCCCGUCCGCUGCGUCGCCGGGGCAUGUGAGCGGGAAGCCCAGGCUGCCAGCCGCGAGGACCCGGACCGGAGGAGGAGCAGGAGCGCGGAGCCGCGAGCCCCGAGCCCAGCGACCGGCUGAGUAGUAAGUGCUCCCCCUCCGCGCCCGGCGCGCGCCGCCGCGCCCCUUUCCCCAGCCCUCCGAAGUUUAGACACUCGCGACCCCACGUUUCUGGGCACACACCGGCUCUCGUCUCUGCGAGUUUACAUCUUUUGCAAAGUUUUCCGAAAAGGAAUGGACCCCCACCUACCCACCCCAUUACGCCAGCAGCGGCGGCUCCUCGCGGGCGUGGACCUGGGUUCCUGUGGAGAGGGGUGGCAGCCUGGUAAGGCCGUGGGAUUUCCCAGCGGGAAGCCGAGGCGACCAAGUGCGCGCCCCGCGUGGGACUCGAGUGCCCGCGAGGAGACGCGGAUCUACCCUGCCCUGGUUGUGUGGGGGUCCGGGGGCCAGCCACGCAACCCUUCCCACCCUUCCAGGAUGUCCAUGAGGAGCCCCGGCUCUGCCCAGCUGGCCCUGGAUGACGCUGGCACCAUGGUGAACUGUACUGUCAAGUCAGAGGGAAAGAAGGAGCCCUGCCACGAAGCCCCCCAGGGCUCGGCCACUGCAGCCGAGCCCCAGCCCGGAGACCCAGCCCGGGUCCCCCAGGAUGGCGCUGACCCUCAAGCUCCAGCCCAGGACAGCAGCUCCCCGGAGAGCAAUGGAUCCCCAGAACCCAGGAGACCAGGAGGCUCCGAGGCUGCUUCUGGAAGCCAGGAGAAGCUGGACUUCAACCGAAAUUUAAAAGAAGUUGUGCCGGCCAUCGAGAAGCUGCUGUCCAGUGACUGGAAGGAGAGGUUUCUGGGAAGGAGCUCUGUGGAAACCAAAGAUGUCAAAGGGACCCAGGAGAGCCUGGCAGAGAAGGAGCUCCAGCUCCUGGUCAUGAUCCACCAGCUGUCCACCCUGCGGGACCAGCUCCUGACUGCCCACUCGGAGCAGAAGAACAUGGCUGCGAUGCUCUUUGAGAAGCAACAGCAGCAGAUGGAGCUGGCCCGGCAGCAGCAGGAGCAGAUCGCUAAGCAGCAGCAACAGCUGAUCCAGCAGCAGCAUAAGAUCAACCUCCUUCAGCAGCAGAUCCAGCAGGUCAACAUGCCUUACGUCAUGAUCCCAGCCUUCCCCCCAGGCCACCAGCCUCUGCCUGUCACCCCUGACUCCCAGCUGGCUCUGCCCAUCCAGCCCAUCCCCUGCAAACCAGUGGAGUACCCGCUGCAGCUGCUGCACACGCCCCCCGCCCCCGUGGUGAAGAGGCCUGGGGCCAUGCCUGCCCACCACCCCCUACAGGAGCCCUCCCAACCCCUGAACCUCACGGCCAAGCCCAAGGCGCCCGAGCUGCCCAGCGCUUCCAGCUCCCCCAGCCUGAAGAUGGGCAGCUGUGGCCCCCGCCCCCCAAGCCAUGGGGCCCCCACGCGGGACCUGCAGGCCAGCCCCCCCAGCCUGCCUUUGGGCUUCCUUGGUGAAGGGGACGCUGUCACCAAAGCCAUCCAGGAUGCCAGACAGCUGCUGCACGGCCACAGUGGGGCCUUAGACAGUUCCCCGAACACCCCCUUCCGUAAGGACCUCAUUAGCCUGGACACAUCCCCAGCCAAGGAGCGGCUGGAGGAGAGCUGUGUGCACCCGCUGGAAGAAGCCAUGCUGGGCUGUGACGUGGAUGGCUCCCGCCACUUCCCUGAGUCUCGGAACAGCAGCCACAUCAAGAGGCCCAUGAAUGCCUUCAUGGUGUGGGCCAAGGACGAGCGGAGGAAGAUCCUCCAAGCCUUCCCAGACAUGCACAACUCAAGCAUCAGCAAGAUCCUCGGCUCCCGCUGGAAGUCCAUGACCAACCAGGAGAAGCAGCCCUACUACGAGGAGCAGGCGAGACUGAGCCGGCAGCACCUGGAGAAGUACCCCGACUACAAGUACAAGCCGCGGCCCAAGCGCACCUGCAUCGUGGAGGGCAAGCGCCUGCGGGUGGGCGAGUACAAGGCUCUGAUGAGGACCCGGCGCCAGGAUGCCCGCCAGAGCUAUGCGACCCCCCCGCAGCCCGGCCAGAUGCAGAUGAGCGCCUCGGAGGUCCUGUACCCUCGGGUGGCAGGCGUGCCCCUGACACAGCCCCUGGUGGACCACUUUGUGCCCCGCAGCCUGGACCCGAAUAUGCCUGUCAUUGUCAACACCUGCAGCCUCCGGGAGGAGGGCGAGGGCCCGGACGACAGGCACUCGGUGGCCGAUGGCGAGAUGUACCGGUACAGCGAGGACGAGGACUCGGAGGCUGAGGAGAAGAGUGACGGGGAGCUGGUGGUGCUCACAGACUGAGCCCAGCUGGGUGGGCCUGGCCUCCUCCCUGGGGAAGAUCUGGCCCCAAGCCAGUGGGCACAGCCACCACACUUGGCCUAUGUUGGUACUUGGACUUGGGCAUGCCCGGGAGAUGGGCACAGCGUGCAUCUGUAGAUACAUUCAUGAGGGGAGAUGCCCCCUCCCCACCACACCUGCGGGCACACCUGAGGAGCUGAUGGCCUCGAGGGCAGGUCCUGCAUGGUGGUGGUGGGCCGGGCUGGCUGAGCUCCGUGACCCUUGAGGCUCAUGGCCAGGGGACACUGGAUGACCUUCCCUUCCUGCAGGUCUGCCCACCCUGGGGGUAUGGCAGCUACAGACCUGUCCCCCUAGGGCUACAUGCUUUGCUUCCAUUCUUUCCUGGCUGGACCAGCCAUCAUGGGACCAACAUGUCUCCCCCUCCACCACAGCACCCCAGAUCGCUCCUCUAGCACCAGGAUCACUUUGUACUUUGUGCAGAAAGGUCUGGCUGUCCUGUCUAUCCUCUGCCAAGCCUGUCAUGCCUCUGGCUGCUGUGUGUGCGUGUGUGCAUGCGUGUGUAACGCAUGUGCGCACGUGCCCAUGUUUUCAUCCGUUCUUUCGUUGCACAAGAUAUUUAUUGAGUGCCCACUAUGUGCCAGGCACCGGGGCUGAGUUCCUGUGGGUGUCUCUUCAUGCCAUUCUCGCUUCUCCAGGGGGCUCUUUCUCUGCUUUUUUGUCCCCUAAUUGCUACCUCUUUGUCAGUCUGGGUGUCUCAGGUUGUGUGUGUCCUUGGUGCAUUUCUCUCUGUCCUUGUUUCUCUGCAGGGCCUUUUUGUGUCUCUCCCUUCCUCGGUGUCUGCCCUUGCCCCUUUGAUGCCCACAGGAUCUCUGAAGGCCCCUGGUCUGCCCUGGGCCCCCUAGCCGUCCUGACCUCCCCUGCUGCCCCUUCACUCCCUCCCAGACUCAGCCUGUCAGUUCCCAGGGAGCCAUUUUUAGCUCCGAGCAGCCUAGGAAUGUCCUCGGCCUCUAAGGGGCUCUGUCCUGGUGCCCUGGCCCCUGGUCCCAACCUGAGUGCCAGGAAUGGGGUGGGGGGGGCAGGAGGACGGAUGGUGCCCCCUUCCUGUCAGUGACAGAAGCCCUGGAGAGCAGGGCUCUCGUGGCAGCUGGUCUCCACGUCUCCCUUUUGAGGCUGGGGCCUCCCCAUUCCUGGAAGAGAUUGGUGAGAAGACUCAGGCUUCAUCCCCUUCCACACCGCUCUGCCCGCUCCCCUCCCCUCCGCCACUCCACACUGGGGAACCUGCCUCCGCUCCUGAUCCUUUCCACAACGUCUUUCCCUAAGAAAAUCAAAUCCCGUUGGCACCUGACUCCAAAGAUCCAGAACAGCCCUGGGGUCAGGGUGGGCGGGAACCCCGAAUCCCCCAGGGACAGAUGUGGAGCCUGUGUCCACCCCCCACCUUCUCCCCUUCCCUUCCCUUCUAGUUCCCAAGCCCAACUUCUCUCCAGGCUGUUUUUUUUUUUUAUUUUUAUGACUGUAAACAUAGAUAGUGCUUUAUUUUGUUAAUAAUAAGAUAAUGAUGAGUAACUUAACCAGCACAUUUCUCCUGUUUACACUUGGGGAUUUUUUUUUGUUUUGUUCUCUGUUGGCGUAAUAAAGACAGACCAUUUCAGAA